CCCCCCGCAAUCUCUCCUGCUCCCGCUCCUCCUCCUGCGGGAGAGCCGGGGGGCCCCGCCCGCCGGAAGCAGGGGCGGCAGCGGCAGGAGCAGCUCUGGUCGGGGUCGGGGUGCGGGUCCGGGUCCGGGUCCGGCGCCGCUGCAGGCCGAGAUGCCCCUGGCCAAGGACCUGGUGCACCCCUCCGCGGAGGAUGAGAGGAGAAAGCACAAGAAGAAACGGCUUGUGCAGAGCCCCAACUCCUACUUCAUGGAUGUAAAAUGCCCAGGAUGCUACAAGAUCACCACUGUAUUCAGCCAUGCUCAGACAGUUGUUCUGUGCGUAGGGUGCUCAACUGUCCUGUGUCAGCCUACUGGGGGUAAAGCCAGACUAACAGAAGGCUGUUCAUUUAGAAGAAAGCAACACUAAACACUUGAGCAUGUGGGUUUGGAUCUGUGCUCCUGAAAGCCUUACCAGUUUAAAAAUGCCUGUUAAUACAAUGUAAUUACAAUUGAUUUUGUAAAGAUUACAUGCACUAGUGACUAAUGAGCUGCAAUCUCUUUUUCAAUAAAUAAUUUGAAGUGCAAUUUUUUUCCUGCAGGUUUGCAUUCAACUGAGCUCUAUUUUUAUAGUUUUAUUUUUAAACAGUAUAUUGUUAAUUGGGAGGUGUCAUUUAAUAUGAAAACCUCGGGCUUGCAACUUUCUUGCCCUCAUUUAUCAACUCCAGCAGUGUGAUGCAUAUGGUGACAGAAAACUGCUGUAAGAGUGCAUUUUGUAUACUUCACUACUGCAAGGGUUGCAAAGGCUAGAUAGAUUUAAAAUGGCUCGCUUGCUUUCAGCAUUACAUUAGUCCCUCUAUCACCACAUAAGUAAUGUGGUGAUAAAUGAAAAUACAAACUUACUCACUUA